AUGGCCGACGGUCUGCAGAUGGGAAACCUUUCCCUCAACGAGUCCCAGCACGCCCCCGCCGGUAACGCUCCUGGCGCUGGCCGUGCCGCCUACAUUCCUCCACACCUCCGCCAGCGUGGUCCCGGUCCUGCUCCUGCCAACGUGGAUCCUGCUGCUGCUCCCGCCGGCGGCUUUGGUGGCCCUCGUGGUCCCCCCGGUGGAAAAUGGGCUAAUGCUAACGCCCCCGACUUCAGCCCUCGCGGCCCCGCUAAUGGAUCUUAUGGUGGCGGCAACUACAGUGGUGGAGGUGCUCAGCAAGGCCGUGGCUCUGGCGAUGGCCAGUGGCGCGACGGCAAGCACAUUCCCGGUCCCGCCAACGCCCGCGUGGAGCGUGAGCUUUUCGGUGUUCCCAACGACCCCUCCAAGCAGCAGACUGGUAUUAACUUCGCCAACUACGAUGACAUUCCCGUCGAGGCCUCCGGUAACGACGUCCCCGAGCCCGUUUCUCAGUUCACCAACCCCCCUCUGGACGACCACCUGAUCUCCAACAUUAAGCUCGCCAGCUAUGUUAUCCCCACCCCUGUCCAGAAGUACUCUGUCCCCAUUGUCAUGGGUGGCCGUGAUCUUAUGGCUUGUGCCCAGACCGGUUCCGGAAAGACUGGUGGUUUCCUUUUCCCCAUCCUCUCCCAGGCUUUCAAGAACGGUCCCUCCGCUACCCCUACUUCUGCGGGUGGUCAGUACAGCUACGGCCGUCAGCGCAAGGCUUACCCUACUUCCCUCAUUCUUGCUCCUACUCGUGAGCUUGUCUCUCAGAUCUUCGAUGAGGCCCGCAAGUUUGCUUACCGCUCUUGGGUCCGCCCCUGUGUCGUGUACGGUGGUGCCGACAUCGGUUCCCAGCUUCGCCAGAUUGAGCGUGGCUGCGAUCUUCUCGUUGCUACUCCCGGUCGUCUCGUCGAUUUGAUUGAGCGUGGCCGUAUCUCCCUCGCUAACAUCAAGUACCUUGUUCUUGACGAGGCUGACCGCAUGUUGGACAUGGGUUUCGAGCCCCAGAUUCGCCGUAUCGUUGAGGGUGAGGAUAUGCCUCUUGUCCAGGACCGCCAGACUCUCAUGUUCUCGGCCACUUUCCCCCGCGACAUCCAGAUGCUUGCUCGCGACUUCCUCAAGGACUACAUCUUCUUGUCCGUCGGUCGUGUCGGAUCUACCUCUGAGAACAUUACCCAGAAAGUCGAGUACGUCGAGGACGCUGACAAGCGCUCUGUCCUCCUGGACAUCCUCCACACUCACGGCAGCACUGGUCUGACCCUCAUCUUCGUGGAGACCAAGCGUAUGGCCGACUCCCUCUCCGACUUCCUCAUCAACCAGCGUUUCCCCGCUACCGCCAUUCACGGUGACCGCACCCAGCGCGAGCGUGAGCGUGCUCUGGAGCUCUUCCGUAACGGCCGCUGCCCCAUCCUGGUUGCCACUGCUGUUGCUGCCCGUGGUCUCGAUAUCCCCAACGUGACCCACGUCAUCAACUACGAUCUUCCCACCGACAUUGACGACUACGUCCACCGUAUCGGUCGUACCGGUCGUGCUGGUAACACCGGUAUCGCCACUGCCUUCUUCAACCGUGGCAACCGCGGUGUUGUCCGUGACUUGCUCGAACUCCUCAAGGAGGCCCACCAGGAGGUUCCCUCUUUCCUGGAGAGCAUUGCCCGCGAGGGCAGCGGCUUCAGUGGCCGUGGUGGACGCGGUGGUGGCCGCGGCCGUGGCUCCAACGCCACUCGUGACAUGCGUCGCGUUCCCGGUGGUAUGGGUAUGGGCGGUGGCUUCGGCGGCGGCUCUGGUUACGGCGGUGCUGCCGCUGGCUCUACUCCCUCCUACGGUGGUAGCUAUGGCGGUGGUGCUCCCUCCUACGGCGGCGGCGGCUACGGCGGCGGUGGUGGCUACGGCAACCCCUCCGGCUCCUCCGGUCCCUCUUCCUGGUGGUAA